ACUCUUCCCACGUGGAGCGAUUAUUUGUCGGAUGUGAAAAAUAUUUUUAUUGGUUAAUGUUUACUGAUCAAUAUUGCAUUAUAUUCAAGUAACACCGAUAAAUAAAAACAUUUGAAAAGCAAAUAUUUUCAAAUAAAAGUCUUACUUCAAACCUAUCGAAUAUAUAAUUACAUAAAGUCGGUUAUUUCACGCAAAUUCUCCGCAAGUUACGGUGGCGCUUUGACCAAUCGGAAAGCGUCUUUCAUAUACCAUACAACACUGUUAAUUAUUUGGUCUGGACAUUUUUCGAGAAACUGAUAGAGAAAGUAAGAGAACGAACAAUGGCAGCUGAGCUGAAUAGCAAAGGACGGACUCACUUAUUUAAAAACAAGGGGAAGGAUGCUGACGAAAUGAGAAGAAGGCGCACAGAAGUCACAGUUGAAAUAAGGAAGAACAAAAGAGACCAGCAUGUACUGAAGAGGAGAAAUGUGCCUGUUCAGGACAGUACAGAUUCGGAUGACACGGAAAAACCGACUAGUCAGUCCUUACAGUCCAUUGUAGAAAAUGCAGCAAGUUCUGAACCUCAAGUGCAACUCAACGCUGUGCAAGCUGCCAGGAAACUAUUGUCCAGUGACCGAAAUCCACCAAUAGAUGACCUGAUAUCUUCCGGAAUACUGCCUAUCCUGGUGGAAUGUCUUCUGAAAGAUGACAAUCCAUCCUUGCAGUUUGAGGCAGCCUGGGCUUUGACAAAUAUUGCAUCAGGAACAUCUCAACAAACACAAGCUGUGGUCAAUGCUGGUGCUGUUCCUUUGUUUCUGAGACUGCUUUCCUCCCAUCAUCAGAAUGUAUGUGAACAGGCUGUUUGGGCAUUAGGAAACAUAAUAGGUGAUGGUCCACAGUGCAGAGAUUACGUUAUAAAGUUGGGUGCUGUGAAACCUCUUUUAAACUUCAUAAACCCGAACAUUCCUCUGCCUUUCUUAAGAAAUGUUGCGUGGGUCAUCGUAAACUUGUGCAGAAACAAGGAACCCCCUCCUCCUCUGGAGACAAUUCAAGAAAUCCUUCCAGCCCUCUGUCAACUCAUUCACCACACGGACAUUAAUAUUCUUGUGGACACAGUUUGGGCUUUGUCCUAUCUAACAGACGGAGGAAAUGAACAGAUCCAGAUGGUGAUAGACUCUGGAGUGGUUCCGUUUCUUGUUCCUCUUCUGAGUCACCUCGAUGUCAAAGUCCAGACAGCGGCGCUGAGAGCAGUGGGGAACAUUGUGACUGGGACAGACGACCAAACGCAAAUUGUUCUUAAUUGUGAUGCCCUGUCACAUUUCCCAUCAUUACUAACUCAUCCUAAAGAAAAAAUUAAUAAGGAAGCAGUAUGGUUUCUGUCCAACAUAACAGCUGGGAACCAGUCACAAGUACAAGCAGUGAUCGAUGCUGGCCUCAUAUCACUUAUAAUCCAUCAUUUGAUGAGAGGUGACUUCCAGACAAAGAAAGAAGCAGCUUGGGCAAUUAGCAAUUUAACAAUCAGUGGUAACAAAGACCAGGUGGCCAAAGUAGUGGAAAAUGGAGUUAUUUCCCCUUUUUGUGAUCUUUUGGGAGUUAAAGACACUCAAGUGGUGAAUGUGGUAUUAGAUGGUAUCAAUAAUAUAUUAAAGAUGGCAGGAGAUGAUGUGGACCGCAUCUGUACCAUGAUAGAAGAAUGUGGAGGUUUAGACAAAAUAGAAGCUUUACAGAACCAUGAGAAUGAAGAAAUAUACAAACUGGCCUAUGAAAUAAUAGACCACUACUUUUCAGAUGAUACAGAAGAGGAUCCUAGCCUAGCUCCCGAGGCUUCCAGUCAAGGAUACCAGUUUGAUCCCAGUGCAAGCGUACCACAAGAAGGCUUCAAAUUUUGACAAACUGCAAGAAGCCAUGAUUGUUCCAUCAUUUCAUGGACUUAUUAUUGGCUCCAGAGAGAGAGUGUGUGUAUGAGGAGCAUUCUACAUGUGGUCUGUGAGGAUUCUCAUUAAGUUCACUGACUCCCAGUGUAUUCUCCAGAGAGAAAGGGGGGAGAGAGAGAGAGAGGUACAGACACGGAUUGGGCAGUGAGAGUGGCCCUACCAUCGUACUUGCACCUCCAUGCGCUGAGGCACAGCUGCAGGUUCCGAAUUGUUUUCACCGUGAAAACAAUAAUGUGAUAGCUUUGAAGGAAACUUGUGAAUAGCUAUGUUAUUUUAUUUUAACGUCCUUGGAGUAUGCAAUAGUCAUCUAGUAUGUUACUUCACUGUGUUUUGUGAAGCUUUUAACAGUUUUAAAGCUGAAUGGAAACACAAAUUGUGUUCUGACGCAGCGCUACUUUUGUGUUAUAUUGUAUUAUGAUAUGUGAUGUGAGAGUUUUGCCUUUUUAUCCAUUUCUAAAAAAUUUAAGUGUAUGAUUACAGUAAAAUUCAGUGAGAACAAAUUCCUUUGGCUGUCAUUGUUAUAUUAAGUAUUCAUUAUAUCCAUAAAACAAAAUUGUUGUAUGUGAUAUUAAACAAGUUAAGAUCAAUGCCAAAUUUACUAUGCAUUUAUAACCACUGUUAAACCAUGAACUAGAUAUUCAAUUUUAAACUGAUACUAGUAAUACAUACAAGAAAUAACAAUAUUAUUUAGAAAUACAUGUGUAUUGCUCGAUGAACCCUUUGGGAAUAGAAAAGUAUUGUUAACCAUGCAAUAUAUGCUAAAAUUGAGUUUACGUGUAUAUACCUUCAGUGUGAAAUGGUGGGGGCAUAUAAUGCUUGUCUCCAUUCUAAUGACCUAGUUAAAGUUUGCCUUAAAUCUUUCCUUAUGAUCAGAUAUUGAGGUAACUUUUAGGUCAUCUGGGGAACUUGGGUGAUCAUGAUCCAUGAUGUCGGUUGUAAACUUUCAAAAUUUUCACUUUCUCAGAAACUGCUUGAACCCUAGUGAGACUAUUUGGUUCAUUUCCUGAAUGUACAUGUAAACAUACUGAAUGCUGUAGAUGUGCUUUUAAUUUCACUAUGUUCACGAUUUAUCAUUGUGUCAAUUCUCCAUACAAUUAAACCCUUAGUGAAUGAUAUAUUAAAAAAAAUAUUUCAAUGUUUUCAUAAUUGGAAUUUCCAAUACCCUAACAAUUGUACCCUUUUAAAAAUCGUGAACUUUAGCUCUGUGAAAUUAAAGCAACUUACAGUAUCUUCUUUACUGCUAAAGAUCUAGGCCUAGUGAACAAACUGUCUGCAUGGUUAUAAAUUGUUCAUAGUUAAAUUUUACCCUUCCAUUCUGCUGUAUCUGGGCCAGAAAACAUUAAAAGCUCAUUGAAUUGUUGCAUGUACAUGUAACCAUACAUCAUUUCAUAACCUGGAGCCAAGAGCAUUUAUCCAAAGCUGACGUCAAAAAGAAAGAUGGAAGCAUUUGUCAGUGUUACUGUAAACCUUGUAAUGGAAAGACAUAAGAAGUUAAGGCAUGACGGGGUGGUUGUGUAUGACCCGAGACUGUACUGCAGCUUCCUUAUUUUACGCGAGUAUUAAAUAUGGCAAAAUGACUUGUAUACAUAAAAUCAUGUGAACAUGAAUUCGCGAGUUGUCUGUUAAUCAAGAGUUCUUGCAUGUAUUUUUGCAACAGAAAAUUAAAAACAUGUCAUUUUGUUUCGCGAGGGAUGCCUCUUGCGAAAUUACGUGAUAUUAAAUUCCUCGUGUAUAUUUAGGCAUCUACAGUAUUGUUCGUGACAAGGUCAUUAACAGUCACAGUCAAGGUUACUAAUGUAAAACAUUAGAAAUAUUUGUCUUUGGCUACAAAUUUGUAAUGGACAAACAUCAGAUGUUGGUACAUGUACUUGGCUCAGAGGUUGCCUAUUGGCAGAAUAUACAGUGACCAUGAAAUUGUUAUUAAAGAAGAAUUGAGGUCACAGGUAUAAAAAGUUAAAAAAAACUAUUUUCUGUGUGAUAACUUUGUAAUGGACAGACAUUAAGUGUUCAUAUUUGGCCUUUAGGUUGCUUAUGGCCAGACAGUGACUCUUGGUCGUGGUCAAGUGUGUCGGUAAAAAGCUACAAAAAUCAGAUUGUAAAUUUGUAAUUGAGAGAUUUUAGAAGCUUAUGUUUGGCAUUGGUUAUAAGAGAUAUUGAAUCGUGACUUUGAACCAAGGCUGUUUGUCCAUGAUCAAGAUUAAUGAUGGAAAUAUUUGUCCAUACAAUAACAUUAAAAAUGAUGAUCAUUGCUUUUGGUCAUAAAAAUUA